GCUCGCGGUUCCUCACUAUCGUCGUGCGGGAAGCUGAGAACAAGGACUUUGGGGAACUGUACCAGCUGUACUACUUCCUGUGGCAGAAGGUUCUGUACAACAACUUUUCAAGCUCGGGUCAGAUUGCGGUCUUUUGCAACCUUUGGCUCGAAGAGGCGAUUGAGGUUCAGAAUGUGGCCAAGCAAGCAGGCAUGAUCCCCAGCGCCGCAUUGAAAAAUGUAAUUUACCGGGGCGAGACUGUUACCGCACCUCUCACGGGCAACAAGCGGGACAGGCGCCCUUUUCACUACAUCACCAUCGCGGAGCGUCUUCCCAUGCAGGUGGUGCCAAAGAUUGUAACCCACGAGGAGGACUACACUGGACGCUAUCAAAAUAUGUGGACGAUGUGCGGAGCGGCCAAGCAGUGCGAGAUGGACGGCAUGCUUCGUGAAACGGAUUGUGACUCAGCCUCCUUGAGCAGCGUGAGCGACAGUGAUGACGAGUGAGCAGCUGUGCCUUGAUGGUCAGCAACGCGGCCCUUUUCCUUUUCCGAGCCAGCAUGUGACGCGAAUUGUUCUGUCCUUUGCA